AUGACCAAUGCCCUUCUAGACCUCCCUAACGAACUCCUCCACGCCAUCGCCGCGCAGCUAGCGGAAGCCGAUCUCAACGCCUUGCACCAGACCAACCGGCGGCUCUUCCGUCUGCUCGACGCGUAUCGGGACCGCUUCAACGCGCAGCAACACGAGGGAUCUGCCCCUGUUCUGGGCCGUUCUACACGGCCACGAGGGCGCAGCUCGCAAAUCCAUCACGGCGGGGCGACGCCAUUGGAAAUCGCGGUCAGCAGAGGCGAUGCGUCGAUGGUGAAGACCCUGCUGGAGUGUCGGGCAUAUUCCAGCCGAGAAGAAGAGGCGAGGGGGAUGGCGGUUGUGGCGGCGGCCAAGGGGCAUGUCGACGUGCUUCAUGUGCUGAUUGAGCACUGUGGGAAGACACAGGCGGUCAUCGAACACCGCGAGUCCAUCUGGGGGGACGCGCUGAACACAGGAGGAUUUACCGUGACGCCUCUCCUGACCGCGGUGGAACACGGCCACGUACACGUGGCGAAGGUGCUGCUCCAGGAGUACGGGGCCGAUAUUGAGGCGAGAGGAUGGCAGGGCAAGACCCUCCCCCCCCUGGUGCACGGCGGCCGGGAGGGGGUUUCCAGAACCGGGGCGGCUUCUAGUGGCUCGGGGAGCAAGAUGUGGACGUGCUGGUGGCCCGAUCGCCGCUGUUCCACGCCGCGCAGUACGGGCAGUUCGACGUGGUCGAGUUUCUUCUGCUCGAGUGUGGCGCGAGGACGGGCAACUGCUGCGGCCGGUCGGGGGAGACGCCGCUUUACUACGCGGUGCGUGCGGGCCGACGGGAUCUCGUCCGCUUACUCCUGCAGCAACAGGAACAAGAGGGAGAUGAGGCUAUUCCCGAUCCUCGCAGUCUGUACCAUGCCAUCUCGCACUGGAAGGAGAAGCACGACCUCGCCCGCCUGCUGCUGGAACACGGGGCGGGCCCAAAACACAGGCGACCUAUUGGCACUAACGGUACGCCGGCGGCUGCCCGCCACGGCGGCGGAGCUGCUGCUAGACUACGGGGCGGAGGGGGAUGUGUACACACGCGGCGGACGCCCGUUCUUCCUUGUGGCCAUGGGGUUGCGGUAUUGGGGGGGUGGUGGAGAGGCUCAGAAGGAGAGUACCAAGUAUUGAAUGAGGUUAUUCAGUAAGAUACGGAGUAAUAUAUGUACGGAGUAGUAUACCAUAUAACUACUAUGUAGUACAUAGCUAUCUGUACCUGCUUAGACCUUGUACCUGACUACUUUCUACUAGUAACUAGU